AUGGCAGACAAGUACGCAGGUUGGGGAGCGGAGCAUGGAGCACUGGAUCCAGCCAUCAUCGCGCAGCAGCAGAUCAGGGACCAGAUCGCCACGGCGGUGCAAAACCGGCUGCUGGCCAUCGACAUGGCGGUGACGGUGGUUCACGUCUCCCACAAGACGCAGUUCACCCAUGGCUGGCUCUGGUGCGAGAAAUGUGGCGGCACCAGCUACCUUGGGGACCACAAGAGCAGGAUCGUGGCAGGAGUGGCAAGGAAGCUGGCAAGGCCAUGUCAGCCCCCAACAGCAGCAGGGCGGCGGGUCUUGGCGGACAUGCAGAGGGGCAAGCUGCCAAGAGGAGCUAAGCCAGCAGCAGACCCAGUUGAUGAGGUUCUCAACGAGAUCACCAUGCCUGGUGAUUUCAAGCUCGGCCUGAGCAACCACGAGGCGAUCGACCUGGACGGGGGCAGCUCAGAGGCAGGGGGCCCGCAGCCAGCUCCACAGCAGCCACCCAGCCAUCCGCACUCUGUCGUCCACGCCAGCUGGAGGCUCGUGGACCAUAUGCAGGGCUACGCGGGGCAGUGGAUGAACAUGGUCGACCAAGAGGUCUGGGACGACAUGGACGACUGGAUGGAGCACUGCGUACCGUUUCUCCUGGCCAUCACCAAUGUGGGUGGCGGAGCGGACACGCAAGAGCAGACCAGGGCCGUCACCGUGCAGGAGCUUCAGCAGAUCAAGGACUUCUGCGAAGAAGUCUGGCGCAACACGCACCGCACGCGACGGAGGCCCAUGACCAGGAUGCUUGCCCUCCCGCACGGUACAAGGCAGCAGGCAGCAAGAGUGCACAUGGACGCCUUCCAGAACAGAAGGAACAACAUCCUAGCGCACAGCAUCCCCAGCAGCGAGCGCAGGCCGCUGCCGAGAACAGCGGAGGCCAGCCGAGAGUGGUCACCAGAGAACCUGGACGAUGAUGACUCGACCCCAGACAGUGAAGCCCCAGAGCUGGAGGGUGAGCCGAGCAACCAGGAGAUGGAGACCAUGGCAGGACCUGAUCAGAGGCACGACGCCAACAGCCUGAUGCAGACGGCUGUGCAGGUGGCAGUAACGCUGACCAAGCCAGUGGGGCCCGACCUGAUGAAGUUCGUGAGCGAAGCCGAUGAGGCCGGCCUGCUCCACCCAAGGCUUCGACACAACAAAGGAGAAGCUGACCAGGACCCCGAGCAGGAGGUGGCGUGGCUCGAGAGGAACAGGCUCGAGCAGCUCAUGCAGUCGCUGGCAGGCUGCUGGAGCCAGAAAGAGGGCGAACAGGGCUGGCCAUCGCGGCAGGCUGCGUGCGUGCCCCAUGUGCUGAGGGCGCUGCAGACUGGUGUCUACCAGAGGCUGUUCAGCAACGUGUCAGGGCCGAGCCGCCAGCGCAGCCAGCGCCGAGCGGCGGAGGAGAUCUGCCGCCUGGCACGGCUCAACAGCGGAGAGGCGCGCAGGCAGAUCCAGCAGCAGGACCCGAAGGAGGCAGAGCGGCGCAGAGCAAUGGCUGAGCAGUUCCUGGGCGUGACUGAGCCAGUGGUGAGGAGCCGCAGACGGAGCACCAUGGACAUGGCAGACCUCGACCACUUCCUUGAAGAGGAGAACAGCGAGGAUUGCCUCCAGCAGCCCGUAGACAAGCAGGACAGCGAUGACAACCACCAGCAGAUCCCAGAUGCACAGCACAGCAUAGGGUACCACCUGGCAGACCGCAGAGGACCCCAGCGUGGCGAGGGGUUAGGCCGCGGAGGACCCCAGCGCGGUGAGGGGUUAGGGUUAGACCGCAGUGCCACCAAAGGCAAGCAGAGGCUCGAGGCGGAGGUCCCUGACGAGCCCAGUGAGCAUGACGCGGACCUUUUGACCAACAGUGUGGUAGACAGGACCUCGCAACUAACAGAGCGGACCGAUACCCUGGGAAACCGACAGACUGAACGCGAGGGGGAGGGCUUGGCCCGCGGAUACCACGUGAACCGCGAACACAGCGAGUGGCAUAGUCGGGGGACCUCGCCCGAGCCAGUAGGCAGUAGCACCGAGGAUGGGGACAGUGCGAGACUCGGCGUUCCCCCGCGUGGCGAGGGGUUAGGCUGCAAAACUGCGCAGCCCGAGACGACGGCAGACUACGACGACACAGACCUGCAGCGGGACUUGGAGAAGUUUUUCGGCGACUUUCCCCAGCGCGGUGAGGGGUUAGACCGCAUGGAACCCCUGCGUGGCGAGGGGUUAGGCCACGGCAAUCCCCUGCGCGGUGAGGGGGUAGACCGCAGUGCAAAAGGCAAGCAGAGGCUCGAGGCGGAGGUUGUCGAGGGCGGAGGCCGAGAUCGCACCGAGGCUCGGGUGUACGAGGGCUGGCUGCAGCACUGCUGGGUCCAUCGCGAGGCCGUGCUGUCCGAGAGGGCUCCCCGCGGCGAGGAGCUCCGAGAGUCAGUGCUCAACAUCGCACUCGGCCUGGGCAAGACCGUCAUCGUGACCAACGCCAACAUGUGCUGGGUCCGAGCUACCGCCAACCUCUUCAUACCCUCGGUUGUGCCGAUGCUGAAGCUCAUCGACGUCAUGUCCGCGCGCCAGAGCUACGAGCGCCAGUGGCCCGGCGACCCCGGCGCCUGGAAGAAGCAGGUCGAGCCUUGCCCGGGGGCCCCACCAGGUCAACGCCACUGGCGCGGCCGAGGACGUCGUCGCAGACGAGCGGGCCCGAGGAGGCGUAAACCUCGUGGUGCUCGGGGACUCGCACGCCGAGAUACAGGCCGGUCGCUCCGCGGUGCCAGGCAAGGAGGCGGGCGUCGUGAAGACCAUCAAGUUCAAGGAGGUCCCGACGACGGAGGACAUGAUCGGCCAGCUGGAGGCCGUCUCUGCGCAGCUGCGGGCGCUGGUCAUCCAGGACCAGAGCGCCAGCAAGGAGCUCGUCAAGGGCAGCUUCUCCUCCUCUCGGAGGACCUCGUGGAGCCUCGCGGACACGCCCGGCGCGGGCUGGCUGGGGCUCGCGUAGGCCCGCGGCUGCCCCGGGCCGCCUCGCGUCGCGACCAUAGGAUCUGCGCGGGUCCCGCCUGCGCGCCCUCCUCCCGCCCCCCUCCCCGCGAUGCCGCCUGCGGCGCGGCACACCCUGGCUGCCCGGGCCCUGGCCCGACGCCUCCCCUUGUUAAUGCUCGCGGGUGCCCCGCUCCUCGGGGCCCACAGCUCGCCGCGCUUGCCUUGAAUAUUUUGGCUGGCGCGGCGAAGGACAUUUUUGUUUGUGUCGGCAUGGGGGCCGAAGUUGGAUCCCCGCCGUCUCUUGAGGUUAAUGGCACCAGGCGUUCGAGGAGGCCCCGGCCGCGGCGCGCGGGGCGGAGCGGGGGGGGCGCCCUCCCCCCGCCUGCUGGCGGCGCGCACGCCUCGGCGGAAUCGCCGGCGGCGCGCGCCUCUUCUUGGCAUCGCUCGGACGUGUGCCUUUUUCACUCGGCGAGGGCGAUCGAGGAGCAUUUGGGGUCACCUUGCGAAAACCUACGCGCACGAAAUCGAGAAAUGCCCGAGGAGUGGACGUCCGAGCGAUGGCCGGCUCUUCGCUCCAGGACUUGCGUGCACGCGCUUGCCGCGAGUCUUGUGCGUUGUCUUUUGUUUGUCUUGUGUGUGUGCGUGUGCCCGCCCGCCCUCUCUGCGAGCUCGAGGAGGAGGAAAAGCACAGAGGAGGAGGAGUUGCAUCCUCCUCAUGCCUCCUUGCUGUCAGUUUUGACCGUAGUGCCCGCGUGGGCUUUUCCUCCUCCUGCGAGCGCAGCUCCGGCAGCCGGCAGCGGACAGGACGCCUCGCGGCAGGUGCGCGGGGAGUGGGGGCCCGACAGGGUGGGAGGAGCGCCGUGAGCGCUGCCCGAGCCUGGGCCCCGGAUUUUCCGGCCAGGCCUCGGGGGGGAGGUCCAGUGUAUCGGGUGGAGGGCUGCGCCCUCCUACCAGGUGCAUGACGUAGGACGCACG